AUGGACAACAUCCCGCGAGGGUCUCCAACCGAGAGCCAGGCGUCAUCGAACGAGUCUUGGCGGCAAGCUCUGUUUGGAGGCGGCAGGAGCUGCUCUCCGAGGGGCGGCGUUCUCCAACAGCAUGACGAGAUUGGCGGUAGUCCAAUCGUAGACGAUGAGCAAGGGUUAGGCUUACACCUCGGGGAAGAGGCGUGCCAGGAGGAGGAGGAGGAGGAGGCCGUCGAGAGCAUGAACGUCAAGGAUCUCAAGGCGAAGGCCACGGAGCUGGGCAUUCCCACAGGGGGGCGAAAAUGCCAGCUAAAGGCGCGCAUAAAGCACAAACUUUCUGCCUCGAGGCCCUCCUCCGAAGUACCGCCCGCCGCUGCUACUACAGUCCAGUCAGAAAUGCCAGAAGUCGGCGGAGAGGUUGCCCAGGCGGUGGCUGAUGGCUAUUCUGCUGUUGAUGGGUCGCAGGGAAGUGCCAGUGCCGUCGCCCAAGAUGCAGACACGUCGCCCAUUGUGGUAGGCGCAAGCUGGGACGCGGGAACCGGUGGGCAAGAGGGCGAGGGAAGGAGCGGCGGCGCCUCGCCGUCGACUGAAAGCGGUGGCGCGGUGGCGGACCAAAGCGGAGCAGCUCGAGAGGGUAGGGGGACGACACCUGGUGAUGGCCCCGGUCCAAGCUUGGUAGCGGUUGCGGCCCCCCCAGCGGAAGAAGACGAUGUCCCCGCCUCCGGUGGUGAUGAUUAUGCGGGGACCCUGCCAUCCGGCGUGGCGGCCGUUUGGCCACCGGAGGAUGGCGGUGGUGUUCUGCACCCGCCGGGUGAGGUCGGAGGCGGUGAGGAGAUGGGCGAGCCGGCGGGUGGCGCGGCGGGUUUGCAGGCGGAGGAAGGCGGUCCGUUGGACCAGGAAGGGGGUGAUGGCGACGGGCGUGGGUGUGAGGGCGCCGCUGAUGCGCAAGGGAGUGCGGCGCGGGGGCAGCAAGAGGGAAUCGUCCGCGAGGAGAUGGUUGUCAAUUCCCUCCCUGCUGUCGUUGGUCCAACUCCAUCUGUAAGGGAGAGCCCCGGGAGUGCAGGAGCCGUGUCAACAGGGCCAGGUUCGGACGCCGAGGGAGAGAGCGGCGAUGGAAUUACGGCGGCCGCGGCGGCCGCGGCGGCGGUAGCAUCAGGGUCGACGGCGCCUAGCGAUCGCGGCGUUAUUUCGGCGGACAGUAGCGGGGGUGUCGUUGCGUACGGGGGGCGUGCCGAGGCGGGCUUGUCGGCGUUGGAAAGCGACGACGGUGAGGAUGUCGUAGAUCCCGAACCGGUGGAAAACGAUGAUGAGAUGACCGAGGGUUACGCUGUGGGUGAAGUUUUGGUCCGGGAAAGCGGCGGUGUUGAUGGCGCGGGAGAGGAGAGUGGCGUCCGGUACCGUGAGGUAGUAGGCAGCAGGGAAGUAGGCGGUGACUGGGACAGACAAGGGGAAAGAAGGGAGGAUGGGGGCAGCGGCGGGGAGGGAGGGGACGGACAGCGGGGAGAGGAGGAGGAAGAGGUGGGAUGCGAUUCCGAGGAGGAAAGUCUCAUCUUUUCGGCGGCAGCAGGCGAGCCGGUGAUGGUUAUUUCACGUCCGACAGUGGCGGAGCACGGUGGCGCGGCGGGGCAGAGCGGGAUCGAAGAAGGAGCGGGGGAUAGCGGGAAGGAGGAGGAGGUUGUUGUUGUUGUUGUUGUGCCGACAGCAGAGGAACUCACCGAGAAGUACCUGGAAGUGGAGCGUCUCUGGAGGCCGAUUCUAUUAAACUCCGGCCUGGCCGACGGUGGCGGCGGUGGCACGAACACCCCGCUCCCGAUCGGGGAGCUGCUGCUAGAGACGGAGGCGUUCAAGGAGAAGGCGAGAGUAUUGGCGGCGUGGUUCCACCAGGAUGCCGGCCCGGCCGACAGGCGAUGCUCUAAGAGCAGCGCGGCUUCGUCUGUCGAUUGGUCCAAGUCGGGGCGCGGGGCGGGUGGGAGCGCGGGGGGCACCGGGUGGGGUGCGGGAGGGGCGACCGCCGCUGCUGCUCGGAAGACCGCCGGUGUUGUUGGGGCGGGCGUGGAGGCUUCGACGACGACGCAAAGAUCCGCCGCCACCGGCACGUCUGCCAUGGCGCGCUCUCGCCGCGGUUCGACAGCGUCAACCUCCGAAGCUUCUUCCCGUCCAAGCGAGAGCGGCGGAUGGGGCUCGAAGGGGCGUCUGGGGAAAUCUCGCGGGAGCCGCCAGCGCUUGUCCGUCAGCCCCCCCCGCGCAAAGGUGUCCGCGGCGGCGGCGGCUAGAGUCGGCGCAGGCCGGCGCCCGUCGGGGGGCAAGGGGAUGCCGGCGGCGGCGAAGACAUCGUCUGCCACCGCCGCCCCUUCCUCGCUGCGCAAGCGUAACCCGUUGAUCCGGGCUUCGUCGUCGUCGCCUCGGCCUCCCAGAGCUUCGGUUUCGAGGCCCACGGGUGGGGAAGGGGUUGCGAAACGGAACGUGGGGACGAGGCGGAGCGGCCGGAGCGUUGCCGGUUCGGCCGCCGGGCGCUUGAAAGGCGCGCCGUUAGGUAAUCACGGCAGUGUCGUGGGAGGGUUGGAGGUUGACAAUCAGUUUUUCCGUCUGGUGUGA